CGAGCCUAGAAUACACCCUGAGUAAAGCCUCCUGACCGUAUAGCCCGCCAUUUUAUCCUUCCAACUCAUUUGUGGUAAUUGUGCUAAGUGUAUAUAUUUUCUGGUUAAUAAAAAUUAAUGAUUUUGAAAUAUUCCCAGGCAUAAUGGAUGAUGACUGUAACAUUAGUCUACACCAUUUAAAAAACCAACUCAAUUCUGAGAUACAAAACAUGACGGAAAAGUGUGCCACGUGGGACAAGAUAGCGGAGCAAACUACACUACCAGAUGAAAUACAAGAGGAGGUGCUGGCGGCGGUGGGGCAUGCGCGACUGCUGAUGGCGCAGAAGAUGCAGCAGUUCGCGUCGCUGGUGCGGUGCUGCGAGCUGCCCGAGCCGGGGCAGGCGCUCGUCACCACCGGAGACCUGCAGGGCUUCUGGGACAUGGUGUUAUUGCAGAUUGAAAACAUAGAAAUACGUUUCAAGAAGUUAGAACAAGCGCGCGCUCGCGGCUGGGUGGCGGAGCAGCCCGAGCCGACGGCGCAGCGCCAGCGCAGGCCUGCGCCCCCGCCCAAGCAGCCCGCGCGCGCCGCCCGCCCGCCGCCCACCAGUAGCAUGAAGGACAUCAUCGCGGCGGCCCGCAGAGCCAAGAAAGCCGACACCGGCGACGUGAAGACGUUCGAAGCAGGCUUCUUCAGCGUCCAGACGCCGGUGAAGUCGCCCGCCACGCUCGCGUUGCCGGUGCGCGCGCCCGCCACGCCGCUCGGCCUGCCCUCGCUGCUGAAGAGCGUGCUGUCUAGCGAAGCGAAGGCCUCCGCUAAAAAGAGUUCGUACGCCAUACUGCGCGCGUCGUCGAUCAGCAAGCAAGUGGACAGCGACGAAUCGCCGUAUGAGGGAAACCAGAUCCACAUGCCACCAAUAAACUGGAACGCAACGCCAGGGAAGAGCAUACUGAUAUCACAAACAAACCCAACCCCAAAAUCGACGGGCAAUAAUGAACAAGUUCAAAAUGGAGAUGAUGAUAAAACCUCCAGAGUCCAUAAAUUGCAAGAUGCAGAGAUAUCGGCAGAUCCUGAUUCAGAGAAAUCACAGAAUAUUGCAGACGACACUUCUAAUGCUGCAGCAUUGGCUACUGACAAGUUUACAACAGAAGAGAAAGAGAAUAGACGUAAGUUGGGAUUAACAGCAGAAGAAACCACUCCAGUAAUGACCCGAAGUAGGAGAAAGAGUCUACAAACACCGGCUAUGUCGGAGUAUGCCGGACCGGCGCGCAAGGGCUCGUACACGCAGAGCGAGGCGGACAGCAUCGGCAGCAAGCGCAAGCGGCUCACGGAGGGGCAGCAGCACUCCGUCGACGGCAUACUGCAAGAUAUCAGUGCAGCGUCCAAACCUUCGACAUCAGCAAACAAAUCUAACACAGAGUUAUUGCCGUCCAAGUCGAAGGCUGGUGGGAAAGUACUGCGGACAAAGCUGCCGAUCUUUACAGCUUUGCACCAGAAGAGGUUUGCAAAGAUGGAGUCCUUGGACGAGUGUCAGGAGAGACAGUUGCUGACUCUAACCGGAUCAGAGAAUAUUA